AUGUCACGGGCACCGAUUUAUCCUACCCUUUCCGAAUCGUUGAAAUUCGGAUUCAGAAGCUCGCCUAAUUCGCCCUUCUCUACCCAUUUCGAGACUGAGACACUCCCCACAUUGGCCGACACUUCGGACCAGCAAAGUUCGGCUGACAAUCUUUCAUUAGCCACACCAUGUUCUCCACCAAAUUUAAGCAGCAAUAGCAUAAGAACCCGUCUUUUGGAAUUGGAAAGUGCUCUCAUGGCUCCGGAUGCCGAUGAAGACAUCACCUCGACAUCAUCAAAUCCAUUUCUUGGCGAAAACAGUCCUUCUCAAAUAAAAAAUCUUGCCAUUUUACACGAUUUUCGUCCGAACAACCUCAAACACAUCCUCAUCGAAUGCGCAAAGGCCCUCCACGAAAACAAACUCGUCGAAUUCGAGCAGCUAAUCGCGCGGGCCCGCUCAUCCGUUUCCAUCACUGGAGACCCGAUCCAGCGGCUCGGAGCCUAUCUAGUCGAGGGUCUAGUCGCGCGCAGGGAAUCGUCCGGCACCAACAUUUACCGAGCCCUCAGGUGCAACCUACCCGACAGCAAGGACCUUCUUUCUUACAUGCACAUCUUGUACGAGGUCUGCCCGUACCUUAAAUUCGGCUACAUGGCAGCCAACGGGGCGAUAGCCGAGGCCUGCAGGGGCUCGGACCAAAUCCACAUCAUUGACUUCCAAAUCACACAAGGUACACAGUGGUCGACCCUUCUGCGGGCCCUUGCGACCCGACCCGGCGGCCCGCCCGCGGUCCGCAUCACGGGGAUCGACGACCCGGUCUCAAAAUACGCACGUGAGGACGACGAGCUGGUGGCCGCCGGCCGACUUUUAUCGUCACUCUCCGAGAAAUUUGGGAUACCGAUCGAGUUUCGACCCUUACCUGUAUUCGCCCCAAAUAUUAAACGGGCCAUGCUCGAUAUCCGGCCCGGUGAGGCCAUAGUGGUGAAUUUUCCGCUGCAGCUGCACCACACGCCGGACGAGAGCGUGGACGUGUCGAACCCGAGAGACGGGCUUUUGCGGAUGGUGAAGUCGCUUUCGCCGAGAGUCGUGACUCUGGUCGAGCAGGAGUCGAACACGAAUACGGCACCAUUCGUGCCGAGGUUUGUGGAGACUUUGGAUUAUUACUCGGCUGUGUUCGAGUCGAUCGAUGUGGCUAUGGCGCGGGAUAAGAAGGAGAGGAUAAACACGGAGCAGCAUUGCCUUGCGAGGGACAUUGUAAACAUUGUGGCGUGCGAGGGGAAGGAGAGGGUCGAGAGGCACGAGCUUUUCGGGAAGUGGAGGAUGAGGUUCGUGAUGGCCGGUUUUCAGCAGUUACCGUUGAGCGGGUACGUGAACUCGGUGAUCAGGGGUUUGCUCGGGAGUUACUCGGAGCAUUACACCCUGGUGGAGAAGGAUGGGGCAAUGCUGCUGGGAUGGAAGGGGAGGAAUCUGGUGUCGGUGUCGGCUUGGUGCUGA